GGAAAUAAUACUAAGGAGCAGUGAAAUUGCAGUUCUUGGAGCUCUCUUCAACUUCAGUGGUAAAAAGCCAAAUUACUUGGGUGUUCAGAAGAAUCCACUUGGUCUAGCACUUUGUCCAGCCACCAACAAUUGUGUUUCUUCUUCUGAGAACAUCAGUGAUUCUACUCACUAUGCACCUCCUUGGAACUAUAAUCCUGAAGGGAAACGCGGUAAUGUCAGCAGAGAAAAGGCAAUGGAGGAGCUACUUCAAGUGCUAAAAUCAACAAAACCAGACAAGUUCUGUCCAAAAAUAGCGGAGAAGAAAGAUGAUUAUGUGCGCGUGGAAUAUGAAAGCCCUAUUUUGGGGUUUGUAGAUGAUAUGGAGUUCUGGUUCCCACCAGGCAAGAAACCAAUUGUACAGUAUCGGUCAGCAUCUCGCUUGGGGAAUUAUGACUUUGAUGCUAAUAGAAAGAGAAUCAAGGCCUUGAGAUUGCAAUUAGAGAAGAAGGGAUGGGCAUCCGAAGACACUGUCUGAAAGGCCUGAUAUUCAUAAAGGAGCACUUGUUCAUUACUUGUUAGCAUGAUGAAUAAGAUCAUCCACUUAAUUCAGAUUGACUCAUAUAUUGGACUUUUUAAAUUUGGAAAGCUUAAUAGAGCAGUGAAAUAACAUCAUAUUCUGCUCACCAUGUUAGCUUUUGAAAUUCUGAUGAAAAAUGUCCACAGCCUCAACAGAGCGUGGAAUGUAUAGGCCUUCGGUUGUUGGGUCUGCAUUUUACCAAAAGAACAAGCAGCUCCAACUCUUUAUAGACGCAUAUACUCUGUAUCAAAUGGUAGGGAACUGGUAUGAUUAUCUCUGUUGCAUGUACUACUAUUUUUCCUUCAUAAAAAUAGCACGCAUCAUCUC